UUCUUCUUUAAAACUUAGUAAAAUCAUUCAGAUUUUUCUGUUUUUCAUAUUAACAGAAAUUCACAGAGCUUUCUCUCCCGCGAUUCGAACUAAGGAUCGAAGAUUUGAUUUUUUUUUUGAAUUGUGAGUAGCUCAAUUUCAUAGUGGGCGAAAGAGUUUUCAUGGAAGGGAGGGAAUCAUAGAUUUGCAGGAAGAAUAUGGAAUGUUUGAUGGGCAGAGCAGGGGAAGCUCUGAAAACAAUUUGGUAGGAGUGAAGAAAAAGGAGAAGUUGUGAAGAUAAUGGGAAAAAUAGCGCAGCGCUUGCUGCUGUUGCCUCCAUUGUUUUUAUUGCUACUUCUUGUAUUCAUCUUGGCCUUUUCCAUUGUUUUGCCUGUUUCUGUUCUGCAUGUCUGCAUUUCAGGGCAUCGUUUAGAUGUGUAUUGCAUUUCGGCCAGUUCUACCAUCACCUCUUUCUCCCAGCAUGACCUGCUUCGAGAAAAUCAGAGCUUGAGCUCUCCAACCCAGUACAAACCUGAUGAAAUUUCUGCAAUGACAAUGAACCAGAGUUGUAAUCGAAAAUCUGAGAUUGCUAUUGAUGCAGUGAAAAAACAAGUGGAUGCAAUCAGGUCUGCAGCAAUGCCCAAGGUGAUUGCGAGGCAAAAUUCUUGCAGAGGAAGGCACAUUUAUGUCUAUGACCUGCCAUUGAAAUUCAAUGUGGGGCUCUUAAACCAAUGUGAUACUCUGAUUCCAUGGCUGAAUCUCUGUGCUUAUUUUUCCAACCAGGGCAUGGGGAAACCCAUCGAGUCCUUUUUCCCUCAUUGGUAUCAAACACAUCAGUAUGCUCUGGAAAUCAUUUUUCACUCCAGGAUUAUGAACCACCCCUGCCUGGUUCCAAAUCCAGAGGCUGCAGAUUUGUUCUACAUUCCUUACUAUGGCGGCCUUGAUGUCCUGAGAUGGCAUUUCAGGCACAAUGUCUCUGCACAGAAAAGAGAUGAAUUGGGUCUGGAGCUUCUGGACUGGCUUCAAGAACAACAAUGGUGGAGGAAAAAACAGGGGAGAGACCAUGUCCUAGUUCUGGGUAAGAUAUCAUGGGACUUCAGAAGAGUGAAUGAGGAGGACCCAUGGGGCAACAAACUGUUAAAACUGCCGCCAUUGGAGACACCCACCAAGCUCUUGAUCGAGCGCCAGCCAUGGCAGAUAAAUGAGAUUGCUGUUCCACACCCAACUUUUUUCCACCCAAAAUCUGAUCAAGACAUUCGGCAAUGGCAAACCCAUAUCAGUAAUUCUCAGAGACCAAAUCUAAUAAGCUUUGCUGGUGCACCCAGGCCUAAUAUGCCCGAGAGCAUUCGUUCAAUUCUCAUCAAUCAAUGUUCAAGCAGACAGGAUCUCUGCAAAUUUGUUGACUGCAAUUCGGGUGUUUGCAUUCGCCCGGAAAGCACAGUGAAGCUCUUCUUGACCUCUGAAUUCUGUUUACAACCAACUGGUGAUAGCCCUACUCGCAGAUCAGUAUUCGAUUCUCUUGUUGCAGGAUGCAUCCCUGUUUUGUUUGAUCCUUUCACUGCUUACUAUCAAUAUCCAUGGCAUCUGCCAGCAAAUGCAACUUCCUAUUCAGUUUUUAUUCCCAAUGAGACGGUUAGAGAAGGAAAAGUCGACAUUGUUGAGGUUCUGCAGAAAAUCUCGGAGGAAGAUAGGAAAGAGAUGAGGAGGAACAUUAUUUUUAACAUUAUGCCAGGCCUUGUUUAUGGGGACUCGAAUUCAAGAUUUAAUGAAUUCCAGGAUGCUUUCACCAUAGCUGUAAAUAAUCUUUUGUGGAAGAUCGGAGAAAGAUCUGUUUUCUUCAAGGAGGGAAAUGCGUGAGCAAUAUCUGAAUGUGAGAAUCUGGUUCUUCUUUGUCAACUUACAAUGUAUACACUCUUUGGAAAACUAUUCCUUACAAUUUGGGUCAUUAAGGAAUUUUGACGUCCUCUAAUGACUUGUG